GCGGUGUCAGAUUUUGUAAGGUUAUGUUUGAAAUUAAUUUCUGUUAUUUCAAGCACCAAAUUUUUUGAAAUUAGUCAUUUAUAGAUAAUUUAACAUGGUUUUUAUUGUUUAAUAGAUAAAUCUAAGUAAUAAUAAGUGUUUUAUACGUUAAAUUACCCUUGAAACCUUAUUUUGGAGGGAAACUGUGAAGUUACUGUGAUUAAAACGAAAAAUGGCCUUUAAUUUUGGAACCCCGCAAGGAGCUCCUCCUGCUUUCGGAGCUCAAACAUCUACGUUUGGUCAACCUCAACAAACCCAACAGACGCCUCAAUUUGGCGCUCAAAGUGGCGGAUUUUCUUUUGGCGCUAACACGGCGCAACCACAAGCACAAGCGCCAAGUCUUUUUAACACGCCAACUCAACAAACUCAGGCACCUCAAUCCACAGGCUUUAGUUUUGGCGCUUCAACAGGACCAGCGCCAUCUUUUGGCGCUUUAACGCAACAAGCCGGUGCGCCUAGUUUUGGCGCUCAACCCACAUUGGGAGCGCCACAACAGCAGCAACCUGCAGCGCCUGGUUUUGGCGCGGCGCCCAGUUACGGGCAGGCUACGGCGGGAGCGCCACAAUACGGCGCUCAAACUACUGUACCCACUACGAAUCCGCCCAGUUUUGGGGCAGCUACAUCAGGUUUUGGGGCGGCAACUUCGGCUGCGCCUAGUUUUGGGGCGCCCUCUACUGGUGCGCCCAGUUUGUUUGGAACGCCUACUUCCAAACCUGGGGGUUUAUUCGGCGCUCAACCGGCGCCAGCAGCUACUACAUCAACUCAAUCUACAGGUUUUAGUUUUGGAGCUCCCAACGCGGCGUUGCCAAAAGCUAGCGUAGCACCUACCUUACAAACGUCACAACCGGCAACAUUGCUUAGUUUUGGCACCCCUGCUUCGACUGCAACUGCGACGUUGUCAUUUCCUGCCACUUCAGCGGCGGCGCCGUUGGGCGGGCCAAGUUUUGGGGCACAAGCUGCUACUUCAGCGCCACAGGGAUUAUCUUUUGGUACCAGUAGCGCCAGCAGUGCUAAUACAUUGAACUUCACUGCUACUACAACGCCGGCGUCGACAGGAAUAUUUUCUCUGGGUGGUUUAGGUGGCACCACUGCCGCUAUCUCCACUGUUGCAACGUCUGCAGUGUCCACGCCAGUGGUGGGUCUAGGGGGGGUGGCUGCUAGCCAAUCAAAAACGGGGGCCAAAGCAAACGCACAAAAAGAAAUAUCGCCAAAGGAUCAACCGCUUCCCAACGAAAUACAACAAACAGUUGAAAAUUUUAAGAACGUCGUCAAGGACCAAAAAUCCCACAGCUCCGAUAUUUCGCGGUGUUCCGUGAGGGACUACAGGAAAGUCGAGCAAGAAAUCGAUCUGUUGAACAAUUUGAUCAGUGAAGUUGAAACCCAGCUGCAAAAAAAUCGACACUUGACUGAAAAACUUAAAUACGAUACAGCAAAAAGUUUUCAGAACGUCGAAAUGGCGCAAAGAACUCAAGAUACACCUCCAGGUUUACAGUACGAAAAUAUGGCACCGCUAAAAUUUUUUUUGGAGCUAGCAGAUUCAUUUGAAAGAGAAAUGUUGACCAUAAAAUUUCAGAUAGAAAGUGCAGAUAAGUUUGUGAAGAAUUACAACAAUCCCAAUCAAAUAACACACCAAGAUAUUGCUUUGGGUAUGAAACGUCUCCACGAAACCUUUGUAGCAUUGGCUGGCCGCCUACAAGCAGUACACAGCCAAGUAGAGACCCAAAAAGAAACAUACGUCAACCUAAGAAAACAUUUAUAUAACGACUCGACGAAUCCCUUUGAUAAAUUAUCAGCGUCGAAUUCUUACGAAGAAAGGCUAAAAAAAUCGUUAGCCCACUCGCCGCCCAGGUUCGCGACUGGGCCUACGCCUUUCAGCAACCUAAGUUUGGGCGGGAACGGUAUUACAGCGAUGGCGGCGCAAAAACAUUCGCAGAACGCGUCAAUGAUGCCAACACAACCACCAGCGUUUCCUUCUACGUCAUUCGGUCAACCUAUUGGAGGGACUCAACCGUCCAACACCUCGCUUUUUGGCAGUGUUACCAAUCAAAGUAGUUUUGGCUUUAAUUCAAGCUUUCAACUGCAAAAACCUCCAAGCGGUAACAAAAGGGGGGCCCAAUGAUUUGAUUUUUACUUUUUAUGAAAUAAAAUACAUUUUUAAGGAUUAUUAUUAUUAUAGACUAUGUUUAAUUAAAUAACGAUUUGAUAAAUAUAAAAUAUAAAAACAUAAUUACAAUGUUUGGUAUUUAAAAUUAUUUUUUAUUGUUUUUACACUGCCCCCACUUGUAGAACUGGAAUUAAUAGUUGGAAGGCAUCUUGGAUGUAAGAACUAGAAUUUGACGCCUAAAAAUAUUUAUUUAAAAAAAAAUUAUUAAAUGUGAACAUGGGAAAAGGGAACGUUUAAUUACCUCAAAGAAAACAUUAGUUAUUAACUCAUUUACAGACUCCUUAUUAUUUACCAUGGGAGCUUUACUGUUCAAUUUAUCAGAAAAUUUUGCAGCUACAAUACCUAUUAAUGCUAUAAGAGAUGCAGUCAAC